CUCAUUAUCUUUGUUAGUAUCUCAGAAAAGAUGGAUUCUAAGCUUCUUUUGGUGGUGCUUCUCGGUGCACUUAUUUGCACUCAUGCUAGAGAGCUUGUCAGUCAAAAAGCCGGUACAUUUAAAGAGGAGAAGACAUUCUUCCACCACUUCCCUGGUUGUGGUGGUGGGCUAGGUGGUGGUUCUGGUGGUCAGGGAGGCUUGGGUGGUGGAGUUGGACUUGGUGGAGGUUCUGGCUUGGGUAGUGGAGUUGGGCUUGGCGGGGGUUCUGGCUUGGGUGGAGGUGGAGGUGGAGGUGGAGGGUUUGGUGGUGGUGGUGGCGGGACUGGAGUAGGUGGUGGCUCAGGUUUUGGAGGUGGAGCUGGAGGUGGCUUUGGGUCUGGAGCUGGAGGGCUAGGAGGUGGCAGUGGAGGGUUUGGAGGCGGUGGUGGCAGUGACUCACUUGGUGGUGGGGCUGGUGGUGGAGAUGGCAGAGGAUGAUAAUAUGACAAUUUGCAUCUAUGACUUUCAUAACUUAUAUCACUUCUAUAUCGUCGUGGUGAUUAUGGUCAUGUUCUCAACGUAAUGCUACCAACUAGUCCCUGCAAAAUGCGGUAUAUAGAGGCUGUGGAUUUAGUUUCCACCAAACAUCAAACAUAAUAAUAAUAAUUAUGAUAAUAAUUACCAUUAAUCAAAAUAUUGCACUAAGUUUUGCACAUCCUUUGAAAACAGAGUAGUCUGAUCUUGGGUUAUUGAGACCUUGAGACAUAUACGUGAUUGUUUGGUUUCUGUUUUGAAGCCAUUGGCAUUUUAUUAGUGACGAUUUUGAUGAUUUAAUCUGUCUCUAAAACUUCCUCCAAUUUUAUUCAUUAGGUAAUUUUUGCUAAGAAGAUGAGAGGCGGGGGUUUGUGGCAACUUGGGCAAUCAUUAACCCGUCGGCUUGCUCAGGCUG